GGAGCCGUGUGACCCUAUUACAUUUUUCUUGUGCGCGUGAGCGGCGCGCGUUGCAGACCCGGAAGGAAGCAAGUAGCAGUGUUUGGAUGAGGAGAAGGAGGCGACGGCGGUUAGGUUGUCAUUAAAACACCGGCAGUGACACCAUGAGUGUGACAGGCACACUAGCCCGCGGAGGGAGGGAAGGCAUGCUAGGGCCUACCGUAUCACUAACUCCCGGCUCUCUUGGUAUGGUGCAAGGAGCAGCGGCCCGAGCACUGCACGUAGAGCUCCACACGCAGCAGAGGCGUCUUCGCCACUUGCGCAGUAUUGCUGCACGAAACAUUGUGAAUAAGAAUGGAUAUCAUCUCCUUGACACGUAUUUCACCCUUCACCUGUGCGAUGAAAAGAAAAUUUACAAAGAGUUUUACAAAAGUGAAAUGGUUAGGGACUCUCUGAAUCCCACAUGGAGAAGUCUAGAUUUUGGUUUAAUGCCUGAUCGUCUGGAUACAUCUGUCUCCUGUUUUGUAGUGAGGAUAUGGGGAGGAAAAAAAGAAGCCUUUCGACUGUUAAUUGAAUGGAAAGUGAAUUUAGAUGGACUGAAGUAUUUGGGUCCACAGAUUCAUGCUUGUAACCCAAACGAGAUCAUUUUUGGCCUUAAUGAUGGAUUUUAUGGUGCUUCAUUUGUAAGUAAGAACAACUCAGACUGCCAAGGGAACAGCCAUCUGCAAGUGGACCAGAGUGCUGUGCGCAACUCUUAUGGGGUCUUCUCUUUACUCAGAAAAAAGAGAGUGAAUGUUUACGUCUAAAAAUUCUGGUGCUGCAGGAUGAGUUAAAGCGACAGAACAAAGCUUUGGUCCGGGAGGUAGAGCUGUUAAACAAGGAACAAAAGGCGUUAAAUGAAAGGCGAAAUUCAUUUAACAUAGAAAAAGACAAGCUUCAAUCACAAAGUGACUCUCUAAAUGAGUUGAGAAAAGAAUGCACUGCAAAAAGAGAAUUGUUCCUAAAGACUAAUGCUCAGCUGACAAUUCGAUGUCGGCAGUUGCUCUCCGAACUUUCAUAUAUUUAUCCGAUUGAUGUGCAGGAUCAAAAGGAUUAUUUCAUAUGUGGGGUGAAACUUCCCAAUUCAGAGGAUUUUCAAGCGAAGGAUGAUGGAAGUAUUGCAGCUGCCCUGGGUUACACCGCUCACUUGGUGUCAAUGAUUUCCUUCUUUCUGCAAGUGCCUCUGCGAUAUCCAAUUCUCCACAAGGGCUCCAGAUCUGCAAUUAAAGACAAUAUAAAUGAUCGGCUAACUGAGAAAGAGAGAGAGUUUCCUUUGUAUCCUAAAGGAGGAGAAAAGCUGCAGUUUGACUAUGGAGUCUACCUCCUCAACAAAAAUAUUGCUCAGCUAAGGUAUCAGCAUUCGUUGGGUACUCCAGAUCUACGUCAAACUCUUCCAAACCUAAAAUCGUUCAUGGAGCAUGGACUUAUGGUUAGAUGUGACAGGCAUCAGAUGUCAAGUGCGAUUCCUGUGCCACGGAGACCUCAAGGGUCCACGUUCGGAAGUCAUGAUAUUGGCUUUUCCAGUAGGACUCCAACCCCAGAAAAAGCACCACGAAGACGUGCAAAUUCUGAAAAUGAAAAAAUGCAAUAUAAAACUCAUUCUCCUAGCUUUAAGUCUGCUUCAGCACAACCAGUUGCAAUUUUAGCCUCUGGAAAUGAAGUAGAAAGUCAUAUAGCCUCUUCUCUGGAUGCUGAUAUGGACAUUUCAAAGGAAAGCAUUAGAAAAAAGGAUUUUUCUGAGAGUCCAAAUAGCGAUGGUUUAAUCACAGAUCUGACGGAUAGUGGUGAUCAAAACCAUAGUGAACAUUUAUCGGAAUCUUGUAGUGCAAUAAAUGGAACUUUGCUUCAAAAAGAACACAUGGAGUUCCCAAGUGUAGACAAUCAAUGUGACUUACAUUCCUCACAAAGCAAUGAUCUUCGCUGCACUUUGGAACAAGCAGAGGAGAUAGUUGGAACAGAGGCGUCAGACUUCACAUCACCACAACAGCUGGAAGAAUUUAACUGCAUUCCUGUGGACCAUGCUGUGGCAGUGGAAUGUGAUGACCAAGUUCUCGGCGAGUUUGAAGAAUUCUCACGAAGAAUUUAUGCACUGAAUGAAAACAUGUCCAGUUUUCGUCGACCACGUAAAAGUUCAGAAAAAUAAAGUUUACUAAGCUUUGGUAGAAAUUGUUACCAAUAUGAAAAUAUCUUUGCACAUAAUAUCAUAUAUUUGUAUUCCGAAAAGAGAAAAAAUGUUUAAAUUACUUGUAGAAUUCUCGUGUGAAAAUUCAGAAAAUGCUGUAGAUGUCUGCAUUACUGCAGGUUUUUGUUCAGUGAUUUAAUUGUGCAUGAUUUUUUCAUUUCCCACAUUUUUUUUCUUUCUUUCAGUUUAGAACAUUAAUCUGACUGAACAUGUAAAAUAAGAAAUGUGUAGAAUGUCAGCUGUUGCACCAUUUUUGGCAGAUUACUAUUAACCAAACAAAAUACAUAAUGCAAAAUUCACUUGCAUAUGCAAUGCUGUUCGAACAAUUGUUUUUUUUUUUCGUUUUUUUUUUUUUCUUCAAACCAUUGAAAGCUAGAAAUAAUGCAAUUCCUUCAUUUCUUACACCUUGACCAUAUAUAUAGUUUAAUCUGCAUGCAUUAUUUUUUUUUAUCAAACAAUGACCAUCAGUAGUUAUGGGCUUUGGCUACAUCUACAAUUUUGUCUACAAUAAAAAAAGAAGGUAAUUUGAAAUCAGUGGUAUAUUAAAAUGAAAACUUGUAUUGGGACAUUAUUUUUGCAGUUAACUAAAAUUGGCUAAAAUGCCCCAAUUAAUUCAACUGAAGGACUUGAGGGUAAGUUUCACUCGAGUGUUUUAUUUACCCCCAAAAUAUUUUAUAUAAUGAAUAUUUUCCCCCCAACAUUCUUUUCUGUUACAAAAAUUUUGUAUUAAAUAAUUAUGAAAUUCUAUAACCUGCAUGUUCUUAAUAUAUAUAAAAAAAACUUACAGUAUUAAGUAUUUUGACCUAAUCUUCUACUGUAUGUUCAUCUGAAAUAGUCUGAAUUUCCUGAUGAAAUGUACCCAGCAGGUUUUGAUGAGCUUUUCUAGAACGGCAAUUUUUGGCCUUCUGGAAUCUCACACUAAAACAGAAACUAAAAGAAGCAUGUUAAGCGUCAUUUUAUUUGUUUUUCUGUUUAUGGUCUUCAUAACUAUUGCAUUUCAUCAUAAGAUUAGCAAGAUAUAAGGUGUGCUCAACAGCAGAUUAAGUUUACUUAUAAUUGCAUGCAAUUUUAUUAUCUCUGCAACAAUUCUUAUUUUGAUAGACUUUUUGAAAAAUUCUAUAUACAUGAAGGAAGAUGUUAUCAUAUGUACAACUAUAUUUAAUUUUCUUUAUUAAAUAUCUCAGGUUCCAUUCAACCAAAUAAUAAAAAAAAAAAUCUAUCUACACAUUUCUAAAUGAA